CAGACAUAUCUCCCAUAACUUCAGAACCAACACAGCAUUGUUAUUACAUUUUCUUCUCUUUCUCUUUGCAUUCAUUCCAGAUAAUCGGUGGAAAUAAUCACAGAUCAGGAAAAAAUCUCAAUCAAUGAACAUUCCGGAAAGCAGAUCAGCGAAAACUUUUCAACCAUAAUCGUGAAAAGCACUUUCCCGGUGGUCCUAGUUUGAAUUGAAAAAAAAGUAAAAUUCGAAGAAAGUGAACAGAACCAAGCGCCAUUAUCCCAUCGCGGAAUCUUGCGGGGCUGGUGCAGUAGAAAAAAAAAACCGGAAACGGAAAAAUUCAGCACAGAGCUUUUUGCUGUUCAACCAGUUUCUUCCGUUCUCGUGCAAUCAUCAGUCAUCGUGUGCAUUUUGAACGGGUGCUCGCACCAGGCCAGAACCACGACAGAGAGUGAGAUAUUAAAACUUUUCAUUUCCUGGCGGAACUAACAAAAAAAAUAUCCACCACCACCAACUACCGUACAGAUAGUGCCACCACCGCCCGUGGCCGUGGGACAAUGGCAACCGGAGCACCGGAGGCAAACUUGAUGGCAAUUGAUUUAAAUGGUGUAAUGAAAAUUAGCUGAGCUGAAUCUCUCACUUGAGGUGGAAAAACGGGGAAAACUUUUUCCCCCUGGCUUCGAGCCGAGCAAAGACUCACGCGUUCAGAAACUAUCCCCCUCCAUCCGAGCCCCCCUCUUAAAUAGCAGUGACCAGCAGCAGUCAGUGUUGCCAUCGAAUCGAAACACCGAGAAGACCGAAAACCGGUAGAUGGCGUAAUGAUAACGUCACACCGACGACGACGGACGUCGGACAUCCCCAGGACCAUGAAGUCGUCCUGCUCGUAAUAAUAAUGCCGGAGCUCAAACUGCACGCCAGCGUCAGUACCGCCUUCGCCGUUGCCGCCAGCUGUCCGAACUAAUUUUAUCCUUCGGUGAGCGGAAAAAGUUGGAACCGGGGAAAUCACAGAGAAAGUUUUGCCUCCGGCCGGGAACAACACGAGCGCGCGCGUUCAGUGUGAAAUAAUGUGAUAAUCGACGGAUGGACGGUGGAACUGUGAAGAACUUUGUGCUUGCUGCGCGAUUGACGGCGUAGGUAACGUAACGAUGAUGACUACGACGGUCGACAAACUAGCACUAUUGAUCGUCCGGGUGGGCCGGCAUGACGGUUGAUAUUUAGAGUUGUUUUGCUCAAAUAGUCUAUUCCCGGAAGAACCCGUAUUUUAUCAGCCAAUUUGAAACAAACAAGUGCGCGCAGUGCCGGUCGUCUGAAGAGGGUGGAAAAAGUGUGUGCGCUGUACGCGUGUAGGAGUGAAAGUAGUGAAGAAGAAAACGAAGAAAGUUAAAUAUAGCGCGAAAUCAUGGCUGCAAUGGUGCUGGAAUUGAAGUUAAUCAUUCUGUGUUUGCCGUCUAUACUACUUGCCACUACAUUGGAAUCAGAUAACAAAUCCAUACUGGCCAACACGGACUGGAAACGGCUUUGGCUAGAAACGGGUCAGCUCAACGGCGGUGGUGGUGGUGGAGGUUCCAGUAGUAGCAUCAGCAGCAGUAGUAACAGUCAAAUCAGUGGCUCUAGUGGGGUUAGUGCAAGUGGAAUCUUUGGAACCAUCAGUGCCGGCAUCGGGAGCCCUCGGGUAGACAACCAUCUCGAUGGUGGUGAUUCCUCGAAUGCAGACGACGGCGAGGUGAUGGCACACAAUACCACCGUCCAGCUGGGCGGCGUGGCGUUCCUGGUCUGCAAGGUGGCCGGCGUGGACAGAGUGGGUGUACAUUGGAAUCAAAUCUCGUGGAUCCGGCGGCGGGACUGGCACAUUCUGUCGUCCGGAGCCCAAAUGUACACCAACGACGAACGGUUCGCGAUCCUGCACACGCCCGGCUCCAACACCUGGACGCUGCAGAUCAAGUUCGUCCAGCGGAGGGACCACGGUACCUACGAGUGUCAGGUAUCCACCCCGACCGGUGUGAUUUCGCAUUUCGUAAAUCUGCAAGUGGUCGUACCCGAAGCAUUCAUACUCGGUUCCGGCGAGCUGCACGUGGAUAUGGGAUCAACAAUCAAUUUAGUUUGCAUAAUUGAGAAGAGUCCACAGCCGCCGCAGUACGUGUACUGGCAACGAAACGACCGGAUGAUCAACUACGACGACUCCCGGCGGGACAUUUCGAUCGAAACGGUGCCCGGCCCACGGACGCAAAGCCGGCUCAUCAUCCGGGAACCGCAGAUCAACGAUUCGGGAAAUUAUACCUGUUCGGCGAGCAACACCGAGCCGGCCAGUAUAUACGUGUUCGUGUCGAAAGGUGACAACACGGCGGCGAUAUCGCGCCGGAAAACGAGUGGCGCCGGUGCCACCAUUGCCGUGACCACGCAUCUGUCCUCGCUGCUGCUGGACUGCCUGUACGUGGUGCCCGGAGUGAUAGCAUCGCUUCUGCUGACAACGCGAUACCAGGCCUGAAAAGGGGAUGACCUCAACCGAGUUACCGGCCUCCUCCGCUGCCGCCACAUAGGAAGUCCUAGGUUGGUUGACUAGGGCAAAGUGUUCAAUCCUGCUGCGUGCGUACCUACGACGACGGACGGACGGUGGUAACAGGCAGCAACAAAUGCAACCAAAAUCUGUACAGUAGUUACACUAUCGUCUGUAGUUAGCGUAAGUUUAGGUUGUAAGGAAGAAAGGGUAUUGAAGCAAAGCGAAUCUUGUGUUGAACCGGAAUAGGAUGCGUCAAAACGUUGAAGGACAUGGACACAAUGCAAAGGAAACUGGUCAACGUAACUGAUAACGACCAAAGGCAUUAGCUAUCCAAUUUGGAAGUUCCUUAUUGAAAAUGAAGUCAUUUUCUGUUGAAGUUAAUAAAUUAUUGAGUUCUAUCAUAAUUUUAGGAAAAAUUUGCAAGAAUUGUUUUAAACGUAUGGCUUCUUUUUCAAAAAGGUACUUUCAAAUCUGCUGCGUUGCAUUCGAUGCACGAAUGCAGAGAAUAUGCCACCACAGUAAACUGUGUCCGAAUCGUUGCAACGACAAACACAAAACCCGGAGUUUGGAGGCGUUGUUGUAAAUUUGAAAGCGAAUGAAAAACGAUGUUCGACAGAAAGUUUCUCAUUGUAGGAAAACUCCGACGGUGAAAACGUCCACACGGUCCACACAGUGUGUGAGGUGGACAAUUUGUCUAACCAUCAUAUAUGUGCAAGGAGCGGGUAGAGGGGCGAAAAACACAGCACGAGAGAAACACGAAUUAUAAAUUUUCUGUUAGGCUACAAAUGCGGAAAUUACAUUUGAAACUUCUGUAACUUGAGCAACUGUAAAAACGUUGGACGAAUUUUCCAGAGAGGAGCGAUCAUUGCAUUGUGAGUCAGUUAGUUUUGUUAAUUGAAAUGGCAGUGGCUCGUUUUCGUAUACGUACAGGACGAUGUUUGGGACGGAGACUUCAUCUUUGUCAAUAUUUAUUCGGAAAUUCUCUCCACAGACUUCUUUUGUUUCUUACUGGGAUUAAUUCAGAUAUUUCAGAAAUCCCUGCUACAUUUUUAUUUUAGAUUUCUCUGAAAACUUUUCUAGAGAUUUCUUUAGAAAAUCAUAAAUUCUUGAAGAAUUCCGCAAUUGGUUAUACUAAAAAUUAAUUACCGAACUGCUUUAUAAAACCUUCCUUGGAUUCCUUUCGAAAUUUCCCGAUGGAUUCCUUCGAUUUAUAGAAAAUCCUCCAGGAGUUCUAUUCAAGGAGACGCCAACGGUUUCUUUGUGAAUGUUCUUUUAGAACAUCUUCCACGGAUUACUUAAAAAAAUCUUCGGAAAUUUUCUUCAGAGGAUCUUCCAAAAAGUUUUCAAAAAAUUAAUCUAGAAUUUUUUUAUGGAUUUAAAUAUUUCUAGAAACAAGAUUAUCGUCGAAUUUCUUAGAACUCUGUAUGCCAGAAUUCUUCUGGUAUCUUUGAAAAUUUUCGAAAAUUCCCCCAGGAACUUUCCAUGAAUCUUCUUCAGUAUUUUCUCAAGAAAUUCCUCCAAAGAUUCAUUUUGAAAUUGCUCCAGGUUUCCUCAGAAAUUCCUUCCAAAAUUCCACCUGUGACUCCUUAAGGGUUUCCAUAGGAAAUUCUUUUAAGGAUUACUACCGAGGUUCAUGCUUAUACUCCAUCAUGUAUUUCUUCGUACGUUUCCGAAAGUAUUCCCCACGAAAAAUUGAAAGAUUUUUUUCGGGAGUUUUGUCUUGGAGAAUUUUCCAAAAAAUCUUCUCGAAAUUUCUCAUCGAUAUCUUCCAAAAGUUUGCCUUGGGAAUUCUUUCAAACAUUUUUUAAAAAAAUGCAGUUGCAUUCAGAAAUUAAAGCCUAAAAAACGAAAGAAUUAAAUCAGAAAUCUUUUCAGAUUUUUUUUUUCAGAUAUUAGUGCUCAAAUUCCUCCAGAGAUUCCAUCAGAUAUUGCUCCAGUGAUUCAGGAAUUGCUUAGAAUUUACUCAGAAUUUCCUUAAAGCAUUACUCAACGAAUUUUUGAAGAAUUUUUCUAUGAAUGCCUGCUUAGGGAUCUCCAGUUCUCCCAGGUACUAUUUGAAAGAUUCCUUCAAAACUUUUUUUUUAAAUUGUUCAGUGGUUUCCUGAACAAUUCAUCUUAUUUUUUUUUGUUCCUGCAGGGUUUUUUUUCAGAAAUUUCUCUAGGUAUUAGUUAUUCUAAGAAUUUCUUCGGGAAUAUCUUCUGUUCCAAGAAUUUCUUCAAAAAUUCACAAAGAAACCCUCAGCAGUACCUUCGAUUGCGAUUUCUGCAGGUGUUUUUUUUUUAAGAUUUUUUACAAGAUUCCUUCGGAAAUAUUUCUAUGAAUUUUUCCAGUAAUCUUCCUUGGCAUUUUUUUCCGGAGCUACUUGCAGAGUUCCUCCAGAAAUCUGCACUUUUUUUUCUGAGAAUAAGAGCACUAGGGAGGUAUCUUAAGCUGUUUCUUCAGGUAUUCUUCUGUGUAUUAUCCUAGGCAUUGAUCCAGGAAUUGUUCCAGGAAUUGUGCACUACGUCAGCGCGGUGAGCGCCAGCUAAUACACAAAGAAAGGUUAAAAAUGUCUGUCCAGAAAUGCCUCCAAAAAAAUUUCAAGGAUAUUUUCUAGCUGUUUUUAAGAGAUUUCUUGAGGAAAUCUUCUUAAAAAAGUCUUCAGUAAUUUUGGUGCAAUUUCUGGAAAAACUUCUGAAAAACCCCUCGAGGGGCCACAUUCUGCCGGGAUCUUCAAAGACAUCCUUCGAGAUAUUUCCAAUGAAGUUAUAUGAGCAAUUUCUGAAAAAAAUCCUUCUAGGAAUUUCUGCAGUCAAUCACUGAAGGAAUUUCGCAACAAAUUCUUGGAGAAACCCUGGGAGCAAUUUCCGAAGUAAUCUCAGUAGGAUUUGUAAAGAUUUUUUUAGAAGAUUUUCUUAAAACUUCAUGAAAGAACUUUUGAAAAAAUCCAUUUGGUUCUUAUUUAGAAUUUUUGAAAGAAAUUCCAACGAAAUUUCUUAAAGAAUUCCUGAAAGAAUGUUUGAAGAGAAUUUUUGUGGAAGAGUUUCUAAAAGUAAUUCUUCGAGAAGUUUCUGGAGGAACUUUUGGAUUUUCUAAAGAUUCGCUGAAUGCAAGACUAUUGGAUCCAUGGGCGAUUGUCUCAAAACCAUGAAGGGGUUUUAAAGGACACCCUUGGAAGCAUUUCUAGAGGAUUUUUUUGAAUAAAUUUCUGGAGGAUCCAAUGACAAAAAUUUGAAAGAUAAUUGUGGACAUUCCCAAAGAAAUUCUUGGAGGAUUUUCUUAAGGGAGCCAUGGAGCAAUAUCGGAAAAAAGCUAAAAGAGAUUUUAUGAACAAUUGUUCCCACAUUAAUUUCUGUAAAACUUUGGACAACAUUCUGGAGGAAACUAAGAAUAUUCGAAAGGAAUCAAUCGUAAAAAAUAAUUAAAAAAAAACGGCUGAUAUGAAAUGAACAAAGCAACCGUGCUGUUGUGCAUUUGACAUAACUCCACUGCUUUUACCAUGUUAUUGUGAAGAAAUUCAUGGAAUAAUUUGUUAAGCAAUUCAUGCAAUCUUUUUAAUCGUUUUGAUGGAACAACGAGUGAAAUAUUUGAAUAGACACCUCUACAAAGCAUAAGCAAUUCCUGGAGAAAAUAUCAAAAUGAAUCUUAAAUAGGUUUUUUUUCCUUUUUUUCUUUUACUAAGUUUAAUCACCGCAUGACUUUAUGAUAAUUAAUUGUUAUUGGCUUUUUUUCGGCGAACUUCAUACUACUCGAAGAAGGAGGAAGUAGCAAAGGUAAUGAAACAAACGGACGAUAGAAUGGCAAGUGUGCGACGAGAGAAAAUUGAAUUGAAGUUGAAAAUUAACAGAGGGCCACCGUUUCUUUCAUUACUUUCGUUACUCCCUCCUUUUUCGAGUAGUAUUAAGUUCGCCGAGAAAAGCCAAUAAAAAUUAAUUAUUAUACCAGAAUGUUAAUGAGGUUCUUUAAAGAGCCCUUAGAAGUAUUUCAGGAGGAAUUUGUGGGACAAUCCUUAAAUAAAUUUCUGAAGAAAUCAUGGGACGAAUUUCAAAAAAAAAAACGAAAUAUUUCUUUUUUUAAGCGAUUUUUGACGGCAUCCUUUUAAGAAGUCCCUUCAACACAGAGUUUUGUUAUUGCACUAUGAAGGCACGAAUAUAGAAAAAAAAAACUUGCAAAUAUAACUCACUUUUUUACAUAUAUUAGACUACAAAACAAUCGUAGAUGAUUUCUUAUAUUUGAGAGGAGACAAGUGAGAGUACAGAAAGUAUAAUAAAAUGAUAUAGGUGAACUUAUUAUAUUCUUCAGAAAACCCUGCAGAAGAUUCUCCGAAAGUUCUUACAUUAUUACUUUAAGUGAGUCAGACAGGAAUUCCUGUUGAAUUUCCUACAGGAGUUCAUACAGAGAUUUCACAGGGGUUUCUUCAGAUAGCCACCAUGAUUUUACCGGAAAUUCUCCAGCUUUUCGUUUAAGGAUAAUUCCAAGAAUUUCUUCACGGUUUAUUUAAGGAACUAAUCCUAAAACAUUCCUGCAGGAAUAUCUUUAGAAAUAUUCGAAAAGUUUCCCCCCUAGAUUUUUACAGAAGCAUAAUUUUCCUGAAAAAUUCUCAAUAACCUUUUCAAGAAAUUUUACCAAGGGUUUUUCGAGGAGUUUUACCAAUUUUUUAUACAUGAUUUUAUUAAGAAAUUCCACCUGGGAUGCCUUUAAGAAUUUCCCUGCGACUUUUUCAAUCAUUCCUCCAUAGAUUAAUAUGUACCAGGGUACUUCCAAGAUUUUCACAAGAAUUUUACUAGACAUUUCUUUAGAAGUUCCUUCAGGGAUUCUUCCAGAAAUAUCUGCUUGGAUUUAUUCUGAAAUUCCUUCAAAUGUAUAUCUGCAGGAAAUGUGAGGAUUUUUUUUUUAAUUUCAGCAAGUCCUUUCUUGAAAUUCUACAAAAAUAUCUUUUAAAAUUUCUUCAAAAAACCAACAGAGAAUCUUCCAAAGAUUCUUCCAUUAAUUUCUUGACCAACUCCUUAAGGAACUCCUGCAGAUAAUUCUUCAAGAUUUUGAGAAAUUCUUUAGGUUACCUCCACAAUUCCUCAUAAAAAAAGCUUUGGAAUAACUCUGGAAUUAAUUCCAAGGAAAAAUUGAUUCAAGAUUUCCUGGAGAGAUGCCUGGCUCAAUCCGUGGAGGAUUUUCUGACAUUUCUCUUUAAAAAAUGUCUGCAGAACUUACAGACAAUGGUACUGGUGAAAUUCUUGAAGGAAUCCAUCAAUUAAUUUGUAAAGAAUCUCUCGAGGAUCUUUUUAAAUCAAUACUUCCAGAAUUCUCGAAAGUUUUUUUAAAGGAAUUAUUAAAGUUAUCCCUGGAAAAUGAUCUAAAGGAGAUUCCUAGAAGAAAUUUUUGGUAAUUUUCUGGAGGGAUUCCUGAACAAAAACUCCUGAAGUAAUCUCUGACGUUAUCUCUGGAGGAAUUCCUGGAUGAAUGCCUUGGAGUAAGUUUGUUAAGAUACCUCCUAAAUUUCUUGAAAAAAGGUCAUGAGAAACUUCUGGAGGAACUCUGGCGCAACUCCGAAAGUAAAUCAUAGGAAAUUUUGCUUGAGAGAUUUCUGGAGAGAUUCAUGAAGAAAUUCGUAAGAGAUUUUCUGAUGAAAUCUGUUUAAAAAUGUCAAAUUACAGACAGAUAAAGGUACUGGCAAAAAUCUUGAAGAAAUUCCUCAAUAAACGUCUAAGGGAUCCCUGGAGGAUCAUUUGAGGAAAUCCUUAGAAGACCUACGAAAGAUACUUCUGGAGGAAACCUUAGAAGAAUGUCUUAUACAACUUCUGAAGGGAUGAGAACACAAAAAUUCCUGUAGUACUGGAGAAAUUUCUGAACGACAUCCUGCAGGAACAAAAAAAAAUCAUAGACGAAUUCUUUAGACAAUUUUUAGAGAAAUUUCAGAAAAAAAAUGUAUUUUUGUCAACGAAUAGAUUAUGGAGCAGAUUCUGGAAGGAUUUCUGAGAUAACAUUUGGACAAAUUACUGCAGCAUUAACGGGAAAUUUCCUAAAAGGAUCAAUAAAGAAAGGUUUGAAUGUGUUCUAAUCAAUCAAUGGAAAAAUUCCUGGAUGAACUGCCAGAGAUACCUCUGGAAGAACUUCCAGAAGGAUCUUUUGAGAAUUUUCUAGAGCAGGAAUUCCUUAAAAACCUUUCAAGAGUCCUUUGGUGCCUGUUAUUUUUCAGGAAUUUUCUUAAAAAAUAUCAACAAACUUUUCUAGAAAUUCCACCAUUCUCGAGUUUCUCCAAAUAUUUCUCCAGUACAUUCUCAUAAAUAAUACAUGGGAUACCACAAUAAUUUUCCUGGCCAUCCUUCAAUAAUUCCUAAAGAAACUCAUACAAGGAUAUUUUCGAGAUUUUCACAUGAAUUCUACUGGAAAUUCAUUCAGAAAUUCCUUCAAGAAUUCCUUCAGAAAGUUUUUGCUUGGAUUUCUUCUGAAAUUCUUCCAAAAAAAAACAAAAUACCAGAAUACCAAAAAAGGCUUUUAUUUCAAGAUUGAUAUUGAUUUCAUCAGGAAUUUCAGCAAGUGAUUUCUUUCAAGGUGCUCUUUUAUUUAUUUUUUUAGAAAUUUGUUUAAAAAUUUCUUUACUAAUCCAACAGAUUCUUUUGGAAAUUCUCCCUAAGGAAUUUUCCAAUAAUUUCUUGAGAAAUUCCUUCAGGAAUUCAUGCGUUAAUUUUUCCAAGAAUUAUUUUUGGAGAUUGCUCCGGUGGCUUCAUCAGAAAUAUCUCCUGGGAUUCCUUCAGAGACUACUGGAAUAGUUUAAGAUAUUACUUCACGUAUUUCCAGGAGUUUUUUCCAGAAAUUUCAUAAAAAAAAUGGAAGAAAUUUUGAAAGGAUUCCUUAAGGAAUUAUAAAAGAAAUCCCUGGAUGAUAGCCAUAAUAAGAUUCCUAGAAGAAAUUUUUGAAAAUUUUCUCGGGAAAUUCCCGGAAAAAAAUCCUGAAACAAUUUCUGACUUUAUCUCUGGAGGAACUAGUGGAUAAAUGUCUGAAGAAAUUUCUUAAGAUACUACCUCAACUCCUUUAAAACGGAUCGUGAGAAGCUUCAGGAAGAACUCUGGAAGCUUCCCCAUGUUAUUUCCAAUAUUUUUUUUUCAGAAAUUUCCCUUGGGAUACCUUUAAGAACUUAUUCCUCAAAUGAUUCAUACAAGGACACUUCUAAGAUUUUUACAUGAAUUCCAAUGGAAAUUUCAGCUCGGAUUUUUUUAAAAUAUCUCAAGAUCUCAUAAUUAAAAUGGAUUUCCUCAGGAAUUCCAGCAAAUAAUUUCUCCAAUAGUAUUUUCUUGAAUUUCUUCAGAAAUUAUUUUAAGACUUCCUUUGAGAAUCUAACAGCAAUUCUUUUGGAAAUUCUUCCUAACAAAUUGUUCGAUAAUUUCUUGAAUGAUUUCUCCAGGAAUUCCUACGAAAAUUCCUGCAAGAAAUCUUAUUAGAGUCAGAUAUUACUUUUGGUAUUUUCGGAGGUGUUUUUUCUCAAAAAUUGCACCAACAAUACUGGAAGAUUCUUGAAAGCAUUCCUUGAGGAAUUUCAAAGGUUAUCCCUGGAGAAUGCUCCAAAGGAGGCUCCUAGAAAAAAUCUUGAAAAUGUUCUAGAGUGAUUCCCAAACGCAAACGCAGUGAUUCCUGUAGCAAUUUCUGACGUUAUCUCUGGAGGAUUUCCUCCUGAAUUUCUCGAAAAAAAACCAUGAGAAACUUCUGGAGGAGCUCUGGAAGUAAUUCGAAAGAAAACUUGCUUUGGAAAUUUCUGGAGAUUCCUGGAGGAAUUUCUUUUAAAAAAAAUAUUUAAAAAAUGUCUGCAGUACUGGAGAAAUUUUUGUAGGAAAACUCGCUGAAACAAAAAAAAAAAACAGGAAGAAUCAAGUAGGAAAUUUAUGAGAAAAUGUAUGUUUUUGUCAACGAAUAGAGUCUGGAGUAAUUACUGCAGAAAUUUCUGAGAUAAUAUUUGGACAAAUUCCUGCAGCCUUACCGGAAAAAAAUCUGAAAGAAUCGCUGAAGAAAGGUGUGAAUGUAUUCUGAGCAAUCCCAGAAGAAAUUCCUGAAGGAACAUCCAGAUGAAUCUUUUGAGAUUUUUCCAGAGGAAUUCAUAAGACUUCCUUUAUAGAAAUUUCAAGUGUUGAUAUAUGGGUAUUUUAUUUCUUCAGGAGUUUUCUUAAAAAAUCCUCAAUAAGCUUUUCCAGGAAUUCCAACAAGGGUUUCUCGAGAAGCUUUCCCAAGUUUUUCUUCAGAAUUUUUUCUAGAAAUUCUCCCUGUGAUACCUUCUUCUUCCCUGGAACUUCUUCAAUUGUUCCUCAACAGAUGCAUACAUGGAUAUUUCUGAGAUUUAACAUUAAUUUUUCAGGAAUUCUACCAGAAAUUUCUGUUCAAAGCCCUUUCCUGGAUUUUUUUAGAAAUUUGUUUAAGUAAUUUCUUUUAAAAUCAAACAGCGAUUCUUUUAGAAAUUCUUCCUAAGCGGUUUUCCAAUAUCUUCUUGAGAAAUUCCUUCAGGAAUUCUUGCGAAAAUUCCUACAAUAACUAUUUCUAGAGAUUGCUCCGGCGGUUCCAUCAGAUAUAUCUCCUGGGAUGCCUUCAGAAAUUUCUAGAAUUUUUGCAGAUUACUUCUGGUAGUAUUCAGAAGUUUUUUUUCAGAAAUUGCACCAACAAUAUUGGAAGAACUCAUGAAUGAAAUCCUCAAGGAAUUUUAAAGGGGAUUCCCUGGAGGAUGGUCUGAAGAAAUUCUCGAAAGUUUUCUGGAGAGAUUCCCGAACAAAAAUUCCUUAAGGUACCUCUACAACUCCCUUAAAAAAUCCUGAGAAGCUUCUGUAGGAGUUCUGAAAGUAAUUUCAAGGAAAAAUUGCUUGAGAAAUUUGAGAAAAAUGGUCUGAAUGUAUUCUUAGCAACCCCUGGAGAAAUACCUGGAGGAAUUUCUGGAGAAACUUCUUGAGGAACUUCUAGAGGUAUCUCUUGAGAAUGUUCCAGGGGAUUUUUUAAAUAAACGCCUGAGAAAAUCAUUUAAUACAUAUAGCAAUGCAUGAAGGAACCUCUAGAGAAUUUCCAACAAUAAUAUUUGAAGAGUGGGUUUCAAAUUUGUACAAAACUCCAAAAAUCUUACUAAUCUUCACUAAUAUCGUUCAGUACACAUAUGAGAUUGAGCCUCUGUUCAAACAAUUUGAUUAAAUUAUAAUUACUCUUAGUUGUAUUUUCAUUCAUACUGACUGUGCAACAACAAUGACGUUAGACUAGAAUAACAAAAAUCCUCUGUCACAGCCAUUAGGAGUCAGAACCAGUAGUAGUGAAUAACAUAGAAGAAGUGGCACCACAAUAUUACAAAUUCAUCAUCAAAUUCUCAAACAGUAUUCAACCGAACGGCAUUAAAUUGGACCGAAAUGUGCCAGAAUCGCAAUUUAUCGCUGAAUAAAAAUUCUUUCCAACUCAGUACCCAGAGUUGCGCGGAAAACCAACAACAACAACAGCCAUCGAGACGAAGUAAAACAAUUUCGAGCUUAAAUUAUUCAAGUCCAUUGGAAUCGACGGCAUCGACAUUCAGCAGAAUCGAAAAAUCAACUGACUGCGUGCAUUGCGUUGGUUGGCAUGGGUGCACCAGAUCAAGAGCAUCGAUACCGACAACCAACGACACGGUGGUCGGUGGUGGUACUGGUACAGAUGACAGAAAUGAAAAGAAUUGUAAAUACAGAGUUUCACUCGGAACGUAACAAUACCCAUAAUUCUGGAAAAGGCACAUUGACACUCACUCACACACAUCCAAACACACCCACAAUCCAACCCCAUUCGUGAGCGCGGUUAUAAAAAUUCGCGAAAAAUUAAUUAUCCGUUCGAUGAAGAUAUGCAGCAUGAUGCAUUGUGUAAGGUAGGUACCGCGGGAGCAAACGAGUCGCGACAAAUGGAAUUGCAAUUACCGAAUUGGCAUGGUGCGCUGCACCACACCGCCCGGUGAUGGAUAGAUAUCUAUCCAUCCAUCCAUCCAUUUAGAAAUCCGAAAAAAAUAAAAAUUAUGGGAACGAACAGAAUGUGUCCGAAGUGAUUUUUUUUUUCUGCAAAUGAGUCUCUUUUCGGUUGUGGAAGCAUUCAGGAGCACGAAAUUAAAAGAAUUGCAUUUUUAAAUUUUCUGUGUAUGUUUUCCAAGGAAUCAACAGGACAAGCUGUUUUCAAUCCGAUAUACGUUUUUUUAAGUCACUGAUAGGAUUUCGAUAGGCUUAUCGGAUUGACUGGAACUUUAGAAGCUUUUAUUUGACCGCAAAUAAAUUUCAAAUACGGAAUGAAAGUAUGACUUACUUACCGAUCAGGCUAAGGCCAGGGUGGCCUCUGCUGUACAUAGUAGCCGCCUCCAUUCCACUCGGUCCAUGGCUGUUUGUCUCCAGUUCCGCACUCUGCGCAGAAUUCGCAGAUCGUCCUCCACUUGGUCGACCCACCUAGCUCGCUGCGCUUCACGUCUUCUUGUACCGGUCGGAUGACUUUCGAGAAGCAUUUAAGUCGGGUUGCUAUCCGACAUCCUGAUGACGUGACCCGCCCACCGUAGCCUCCCGAUUUUCACGGUAUGGACGAUGGUUGGUUCUCUCAGCAGCUGAUGCAGCUCGUGGUUCAUUCGCCAUCUCCAAGUCCCGUCUUUCAUCUGCACUCCGCCGUAGAUGGUACAAUACGCAACACCUUCCGAUCGAAAACUCCAAUGGCGCGUUGGUCCUCUGCACGUAGGGUCCAUGUUUCGUGCCCAUAGAGGACGACCGGUCUAAUCAUCGUUUUGUAGAUAGUUAACUUCGUGUUACGGCAAACUUUAUUCGAUCGUAGAGUUCUGCGGAGUCCAAAGUAAGAAUGAUUUCCUGCCACAAUGCGCCUCUGAAUUUCUCUGCUGGUAUCGUUGUCGGCGGUCACCAGUGAGCCCAAGUACACGAAUUCUUCAACCGCCUCGAUUUCAUCACCGUCGAUAUAAAUUCGGGGUGGCGCGGAGAUUCCUCCCUGGAGCCCUUUGCCAACAUGAACUGUGUCUUCGAUACAUUAAUGAUUAAAUCAUUAAUCAUUUAAUCAUUAAACAGUCAUAAUUUGAGAAUUUUUGAUGCACUCUAUGAAAAGUUACAGCAUGUUGAACUUUUUUGCGAGAGAAAAAAAACGUUGCCUAUCCCAAACAUUUUGGCCACCCCCUGUACAUUUCCGCCAUCAUCUCAAAUUUACGAGCAAUAAUAUAAAUAUCAUCGGCGAAACCAAACAGCUGAACGGACUUCGUGAAAAUCGUACCACUCGUGUUAAUCCCCGCUCUCCUUAUUCCACCUUCUAACGCAAUGUAGAACAGCAAGCACGAAAGACCAUCUCCUUGCCGUAACACUCUGCGAGAUUCGAAGGGACGCGAGAGUGUUCCUGAUACUCAAACUACGCACAUCACUCGAUCCAUCAUCGCCUUGAUCAAUCGUAUCAGUUUAUCCGGGAGUCCGUAUCCGUGCGUAAUCUGCCAUAGCUGUUCUCGAUCGAUUGUGUCAUACGCCGAUUUGAAAUCGAUGAACAAGAGAUGUGUGGGCACGUUGUAUUCGCGGCAUUUCUGCAACACCUGGCGGAUGGCGAACAUCUGAUCCGUUGUAGCGCAUUCACUCAUAAAUCCAGCCUGCUAUUGCCCCACGAACUCUCUUGCAAUCGGUGAUAGACGGCGGCAUAAAAUUUGAGAGAGUAUCUUGUAGGCAGCGCUAAGUAGCGUGACCGCGCGGUAGCUCCCGCAAUCCAACUUGUCGCCCUUUUUGUAGAUGGGACACACGAUACCUUCCAUCCAUUCCUCCGGUAAUACUUCCUCCUCCCAAAUCUUGGUAAUGACCCAGUGUAGUGCUCUCACCAGUGCUUCUCCACUGUGUUUUAGUAACUCGUUAGGUAGUUGAUCUGCUCCAGCGGUAUCGUUGUUUUUCAACCGGCCAACCUCCUCUUCAAUUUCUUGGAGGUUAAGGGCCGGAAGUCUUUCGUCCUGUGCACACACUCCUAAAUCUGUUGCCACGCCACCUUCGGUACUUGCAACGUCGUCAUUGAGGUACUCAUCGUAAUGUUGCCUCCACCUCUCGACCACCCCACGCUCGCUCGUUAGAAUAUUUCCGUGAUUAUCUCGGCACAUGUCGGCUUGUGGCGCAAAGCCUCUGCGCGAGCGGUUCAGCUUCUCGUAGAACUUUCGUAUAUCCUUAGCGCGGUGCAGCUCUUCCAUCGCUUCGCGAUCUCGCUCUUCCUGCUGGCGCUUCUUCAUCCGGAAGACUGAGUUCUGCCUGUUCCGCGCCUGUUUGUAACGUGCCUCAUUCGCUCUUGUACGGUGUUGCAGCAUUCUCGCCCAUGCUGCAUUCUUCUCGUUUUUCAACUGUUUACAUUCGCGGUCAGACCAGUCGUUUCUGUGAUUCGGAGUCGCGAAGCCUAGUGCUGUAGCCGAGGUAAUACCUAUGGUGGAUAGGAUGUCCCUCCAGCCAUCUUCAAGUGUAGCUGCGCCAAGCUGCUCUUCCGUUGGCAGGGCCACUCCUAACUGCUGCGCGUAGUCUUGAGCCACUUCUACGUUUCGCAGCUGCUCGAUGUUGAGCCGCGGCGUUCGACUUCGACGCGUGGUGAUAACUGUCGAAAGUUUUGAGCGCAUGCAUACAGCGACUAAGUAGUGAUCUAUAUUCGCACUGCGGUAUGUGCGGACAUUAAUUAUAUCCGAGAAUAAUUUACCGUCUAUUAGAACGUGGUCAAUUUGGUUUUCUGUUUGAUGGUCGGGUGAUUUUCAGGUGGCUUUGUGGGUAUCUUUGCGGGGGAAGAAGGUGCUUCGGACUACCAUACCACGAGAGGCUGCAAAGUUUACGCAUCGCUGACCGUUAUCAUUCGAUACGGCGUGCAGGCUGUUUCGCCCGAUUACAGGUCUGUACAUUUCCUCCCUUCCUACCUGCGCGUUCAUGUCGCCGACAACGAUUUUCACGUCACGCGACGAGCAACCAUCGUAUGUUUGCUCUAACUGCGCGUAGAACGCUUCUUUCUCGUCAUCGGGUCUCCCUUCGUGUGGGCAGUGGACGUUGAUGAUGCUGUAGUUGAAGAAACGGCCCUUAACUCUCAACAUGCACAUCCUUGCGUUGAUCGGCUGCCACCCGAUCACACUUUGUCGCAUCUUGCCCAACACUAUAAAUCCUGUUCCCAGUUCAUUGGUGGUGCCACAGCUUUGGUAGAAGGUAGCCGCUCGAUACCCGCUUUUCUACGCUUUCUGUCCAAUCCAACAAAGUUCCUGCAACGCCACGAUGUCGAAGUUGCGGGGAUGUAGUUCGUCGUAGAUUAUCCUGUCACAUCCUGCGAAACCUAGUGACUUGCAAUUCCAUGUUCCAAGUUUCCAAUCGUAGUCCUUAUUUCGUCGCGUGGGUCUUUGCCGAUUGUAUCGAGUCGUAUUUUCUCCUAUGUUAUUCGCAAUGGGGAUUUUUACGGGUGGCUUAUUGGGCCUACGCCAACACUCCUGUCUUGCCGGAGGGCCAUCGUGCCAGUUCUGUUUAACGUCCCAACCAACACUAGGACGACCACGCUGAUGAGGCUACCACCUUGGAUCUAGCUGGGCGUGGUGCAGCGUUUCUUACUCAGCCGCUGGAUGCCAUAACAGACGCUGUUUGAGCCGCACCUCCUUGGUGAACAGACACUCGGAUCGUACCUCCUCAAUCUAGCUGAAGUCAGAAGGACAACAGUGCCCAGGCUGCACUACCAGCUAAGCACACAACUCUUAGCUGGCGGUCUUUGUCAUCGCUUGACCCGUGGAAGCAUGAGGUGGGAACUUUUGAGGACCAGAGCUAUGUUGGACGCUCUCCUUAUCGACUCACCGUUUUGCAGCCCUGUGAAUAAAGCCAUGAUCAAUUUCUAGAGGAAUACUUGAAAGAAUUUCGGUAGGAAUUCUUGGGAAGAUUCCCACAGCAUUUCUUGAAGAUUUCCCGAAAGAAUUCUAGAAGGACUUCAGGAAAGAAAUCCGGAACAAACAUUUAGGAGAAUUCCGGUUAGAGCAUAUGGAAAAUCUUCGAGUGUAACCCUUGGUACAAUGUCGUAAAAAGCAUUGGAGAAACUCUAGGGGAAAAUCAUAUAAAAAGUUUAUCAGAAAUCUUUAGAAGAUUUGCGGUGAAUGCCUCUGAAAAUAUUCGAAGAUUAAUACUAUGAAAAACUCCGCGAGAAGUUCUUUGAAUAAUUCCGAAAGAUGGGAGAGUUUUAAAAGAAAUCAACGGAAAGUUUUUGUGAAGAACUUUUUGAGAAAUUCCCAAAGCAUAAAUGUUAUAGUUCCGGUGCAAUUUUUACACAUAAAUCCAGGAUGAAUCUUUACGAGAUUUCUAUGAUAAAUGCUUGAAAAAGUUCUAGGAGAAAUGUUUACAAGAGAUUUCCAAAGAUGGGGAGAAAUCCGGAAGCAUUUUCUAUGAUAAUUUCAAAGUGAGUCACUGGAUGUAUUUUUAGAGAAAUUUUUGAAGAAUUCCGAGAAGAAUCUUCGACAGAAAAACCUCUGAACAUUUUCGAGAGAAAUGCUUAAAAUAUUUCUGAGAGAAUCUCUGGGAGAAUUUUGGGAAAAAAUAUUGUCGAUUUAAAUAGAGAUAACUGCCUAAAAAUACUGGGAAAAUGAAAGAAAGAAAAGGAAAAAAGUUCCAUGCAGAGUCUCUGUGGGUAUUUUGGAAGGUAUCUUAAGAGGAAUUCUUUUAGAAAUCACGGAACAAAUUUCCGAUGGUUUACAUAGAACAAAAUCUGGGAAAAUCCCUAAAAAAAUCGGGAAGCAAACUUUGAAAUAAUUGUAAAAAAAAUCCUUAGCUAGAAUCCGGAAGAAAUACCCGAAGAAUUUGGGGAAUAAACUGAAUGAAUUUUCCGAUAAAAUUCCAAGAAAUCAUCAUGGAAAAAAUUGCGAAAAGCGAGAGAAAUUCAUGAAAGAAUUCCGGGAACAAUCACAGAAAAAAAACAAGGAAAAUCCUUUUUCGAAGCAAUGCCUGGAAGAUUUCCGGAAGAAAUGCCUGAAGAAUAGUAAAAGAGAACUCCAGAAUAAUUCUUGAAAAAAAAAACUAGGAAGUAUUCCGCGAAGAAUUCUGUGUAAAAAUCAGGGAUUAAUUUAUAGAAACAAAAAUACCGGAAGGAUCAAUUUUUUUUGUGGAAAAGUUGUGAACAUAGUUCUGAGAGCAUCUAUGGGAGAACUCCUGGAGAAAACUCUGAAAGAAUACAAUGGAAUAUUUGAGAGAAAAAGCUCAACAGGAAAUACCCUAAGAAUAUCGGGAGAAGUUUUCGGAAAAAAAUCCGAGAAGAAUCUUAGAACAUUUUCCGAGUAAGAUUUUUUGAAAAAUUGUCAACUAAAAAGUCGUACAACAUAGUCUUCCAAGAAGACUUCUCGGAUUUAAAAUCUCUGGAUUAUUUCCGUGUUGAAUAUUGGCAAGAGUUCCGAAAUAAAUCUCUAGAAAAAAAGUGGUAUAUUCCAGUAGAAUUUUGAGUAAGAAUCUUUACAAGAACUUUGGGCAGAAAUCUUUGGAAGAAACCUUGGUAAACUUGCAAAACCUCCAAGAGGAAUUCUUGGAAGAAUUUGAGCUGAAAUCUGUACAAGAAUACCGGGUAAAUCUUUAAUUAAUAACUCUUUAUUACGGGGAUUUUCUGCCGGAGGCAGGUUCAUCCCCGAGGGGAUGAAUCAUUGGGUAAAAUCCAAAAUAAAUUCCUGGAAGGUUUUCGGAAAGAGAUGCUGAAAGUUCUUUCAAAUAUUUUUUAAAAGAAUUACUGGAAGCAUUCUGGGAACAUUCUCUGAAAUAACUUCAGAAAGAACCCUUGAAGCCAUCUCCGGAAGAAGCCCCCACAAUUUCGGAGAGAAAUCUGUAAGCAAUUUCGGAAAGAAUCCUUGGAAUUAGGUACGGAAGUAAACCCUAUAAGAGCUUCAAAAACAUUUCUGAAAGAAUUGAGGAAAAAAGUUGUGGAAGAGUUUCGGAAGGAAUCUAUGUUAAAAAUUCAAGAGAAAAUGUAAGAAAAAAUCUUGAAGGAACCCUUUUGAGACUUUCGGGAGAAAACCUGGGAAUUAGAAAUUUCUGAAUGAAUUCUGUAAGGGAUCUUACUAGGAUUAUAGGAAGAUGGAACUACAAUAGUUCCAGCAAGAUUUCGUGAAAGAACUCCGGUAAAAACUCCCGGUUGAGUGGUGGGAGAAAUUCUGAGAAAAAAUCCGUAAAUUCCAUGUAAUACUUCCGUUAGGAAUUGCCUGAUGAAUUUUGGGAGAUUUUCAGAUAUUCAUCUGGAGUAAUUCUGGGAAGAAAUAAUGGAAGAUGGAAGGAAAUUGUUAAAAAAAUACCAGGUGCAAUGCUUGGAGAAAGUUUCCUGGAAAAGUCCUGGGAGCAAUUAUGGAGAGGAGAAUUUCAGAAGAAGUCCCUGGAAUAGUUUCGAGAAAAAACAAGGAGAAAUUUUCAAGUGGAGGCUCUAGAAGAGCUUAGGAACAAAGCCAAAACAAUAAAGUAAAAAGAGAAAAUUCUGGAAAAAUCAUUGCCAGAUAUCAGACGGAAAUUUCAGUGAGAUGUCUAAAUUUUGUAAAAUAAAUCGAGAUGCAGCUUUUUUUAAAUUCCAUGAUGAAUUCCUGAAAGAAUUCCGGGAGACUUUUCUGGAAGAUAUGUGGAAGAAGUCUUUGGAAGAAUUUUGAAAGGAAUCUCUGAAAUAAUUCCGAAGAAAAUUCCUGAAAGAAUUCAGGUAAAAAUCAUUAGAAAUAUUCUGAAAGAUGCUACUGAAAUAAUCCUGGAAAGAAUUCCAGAAAGAAUUAUAUUUGGAAUCCCUGUAAGUUUUUUUUAUUUUUUCAUUAAUUUAUACAUUUCUUUUUAAAUAAUAAUCCUUUUCAUUAUUUAUUUAUUUAUUUAUUUAUUCAAUUUAUUCACGUAUUUUUAUUCCCUUAUUUUUUCUGUUCACUUACUGAUUGACGUUUUUUUUAUAUAUGUAUGUAUUUCAUUUUAAAUUUAUUUAUUUAUUUAUUUAAUUUUUUGUUGAUUCAUUGAUUUAAUCAUUCCUAUAUUUAUUAUUGUAUUUAUUCAUUCAUUUGUUUAUUGAUUAGUUUAUUCAUUUUUUAUUUAUUUUUUAUUUAUUAAUUGAUUUACUGAUUUAUUAAUUUAUUUUUUAUUUUAUUUAUAUAAAGAUGAAUUUCUGGAAAAGAGUGCAAGAUAUCAGAAGAAUAUUUCUGGGAGAUAUCUGAAUUCCGGAAGAUGUCUCUAGGGAAUUUCCGUGGAAAAAUAUUUUAUAUAAUCGGGGAGUUGCGUAUUUAAAAUUCAAUAAUAAAUCUUUGGGUAAGAUUACGGGCUGGAGAGCGAUUCUCGUAGAAUUAUUUUAAUGAAUUACAAUAUUUUUGUCAACUUUGAAAAUGACUAUGGUUUGAUCAAUUAUGAAUUAUUUACAAGAAAAAAAAAGUAACCAAACGAUUUAUCCCAACGAUCUCUGAUAAAUGGGAUGAGUGGAUAGUCUAAAAUGCCAUGAGUUUUUUUACUAUUCGAUAAAAUAAUCGAACCAAAUAAUCGAUUAUCCGAUUAAUCGAGCAAGGCGAUUAUCGAUUAAAAUUUAACCGAUUAGUGGAACGAUUAAUCGAUUAGUUGGGAUAAUCGAUUAAUUUGCGACAUCACUAACCAUAGGUUGGAAAAUACUGAGCUUUCAACACUACUGUAAUAUUGAUUGUAGCUCUCAUUGAGAUGCUCAAUCUGAAAAGAGAAAAACGUGCAGGUCUUUCAAGCACUGUCCUUUUUGUUUUUUUUUUUAGAUUAACAUUGCCUGGUGUUUCAGUUUACGAGUUUAUUAAUCAUGCUUUCAAGGGCUUUGCCAGGUGUGUGGAGCUGAGUAGGUCUAUGGCAAUGUACAUAGUAGCCGGUGUCAGACUAGGCGACAACUUUGCAACUCCAUCCAAGAUAUGCGCAAGUACUCAUGCUAUGCUAUGCCAUCUCUGAAAGGUGAAGUGAGUAUUAAUAUGUAUGGAAUUGGGGCGGCAUUUCCGACUGGGUAUCACCUUGGAUCUCUAUUGGUAGUGGCUUGGCAGUCUUAUUGAAGAAUUAGGCAGACUAAAAUGUUCUCGGAACGGGAGCAUUGUAGUCCGCUUAAUUCUUUAAUUAGACUGCCGACCCACUCUACUAAUAGAGAUUAAUAUGUAUGUAUUCAACUUUUUCAAAACUGAUUUGAUCUUACUUUCAAGUCUUUAGUGUGAAGGCGAGCAGUGGCAUCAAGCAACUUUGCAAUAGCGUAAAGAAUUAAAAAAAGAGUUUCUCACUCAAAUUUUGUUGGAGGCUAAAAAAGAGUCCAUAUAGCCACAGCUGUAAAGCAGUGGAUACUUAGUAUGACCAUGCUGACGGUGACGGGUUCAAUUCCCGAUUGGUUCAGGCACUUUUAUUUAAGGAAGUUUCCUUGUGACAUAUGACACACAUAUACAAAUGGUCAUUAGCAGAUUAAGCUGUCAGUUAAUGACCCUGGAAGUGUUCAUAGAACACUAUUGAGAAGCAUGCUUUGUCCCAGUGGAGACGUUACGCCAAGAAGAAGAAUAAUAAAGAAAAACGUUCCAUAAGAACAUUUGUUCAGCUCCUUGAAUGUUUCUCCGACCCUUAAGUUCACGAUCGCUUUAUUUUAAGUUCAAAGAGACCAUUUGCAAAAAAAAAUCAAGCCUCCGGACAACCGUAAAUAAAACGCUGAAAGAAACUGUAGAUAUGGAUCACAAAAAUUUUUCGCACGAUAAGUUUAGUUUUGUUUGGACUGUUUCAAGUCGGCCAAUAUCGGAAAAUAUUACACUGAUUUCGAUGACAGUACUUUUCCCAUACAAAUCGCUUUGUUAAAUAUGCUGCGCAGAUCAUUGCAUAUUUUUUUACGAAAAUGAACUAGGAAAAUUGUACAAAGAUAUCUAAGGAAAAAAAGAAACCUAAAAAACGUAUAAAAUCCGUUUUCUGUUAUCUGAAAAGUCGAAAAACUUGUUACUAAAACCCAAAAUGUCUCAAAAAAUAAAUCACAAAAUCAACACAAAAAGAAACCAGAAAACCAAUUCCAAAUACUGGCGAAUCAGGCGUUUGCACUAAAGUUAAGUCUAACUUCACUGACAAGAAUGGAUGAAAAACAAACGGCAAACCUGUAGUUUUAAGAAUCGAUAUGCCGGCAAGGGUGCAACCCGAUAACGAAAAGAAACGCCCGUCAAGAUGAACUUAGUAGAGGAGUGAAAACAAGAAAAAAACAGAAAUCCGUAGUUAAAUUAUAUAAUCCUGAAAGGAAUAAAAGCAAGUGAAUUAAAACUUCUGAUUACAUGCAGAUUGAAGAGCGUGAUAGUGAAACGAACUGACGAAUGACUGUGGAGCCCCCGACCAAGGGGGGGGCAGGUGGGCAUAUUGUUUCUUUCCCAUUAAGUUUUAACCGUUGUUGGAAGGUGUGGAGAAAACUCUUCGAUCCAAGCACAGGAAAUGAGUUAUUGAAAAAUGGUGACGAAUGUCUGCCACCUUUAAACUUAAUGUAGAGCAAAAUUAUAGUGAAACAAGAAAGACAAACACAAAGUAAAACGUUGAAUGAGAACACGUGGAUAAAUUGAGAAUCACGACUAGUAGGCAAUGAAAGCGAUAAGUGAAAAGUAAGAGAAAGAGAGUAAAUAAAAUUUCUUUUCGUACAAAAUUUAAAAAA